AUGAUCGCCCAGCGUGUGGCCCCGCGUGUGGCCCGUCAGCUCCGGGCUCCGGCCCAGCGCCGCCUGAUGAGCUCUGCCAACGCCGGCGAGAACUCGUUCAUCCGAGAGCGCGACGCUGUCCGUGAGCACGCCAUCCACUCCACUGCCCUGUGGAAGAAGAUUUCCCUCACCGUCGUCCCCGUCUCCCUGGUUGCUGCUGGUGCCAACGCCUGGUACCUGUGGAACGAGCACUGGGAGCACUGGUCCCACAUGCCUCCUUUGGAGGAGCGUGUCGAGUACCCCUACCAGAACAUCCGCACCAAGAACUUCCAAUGGGGUGACGGUGACAAGACCAUCUUCUGGAAUGACAAGGUCAACUACCACAACAAGGACAAAUAA